AAACGUGAUUUAUUUUUUUUGACGUCACUGAAAAGGCCAAAAAGUGGUUCAGAUAAAUAACAAUUUGUCUGCUAUAGCAAAAGUAAAUACGAUAAUGAGAAUUUUAUUCUUCUGUGUCGGCUUCCUUUGUUGUUCUGUCACUUCCGGUCAGGACUCUUACUCUUGCUACUGGAUUAUUCAACCAACCGUAGACUGUGACAAUUUUGCACCUGAGCCCACAUGCGGUUCCAAUCUUGUAACUUACAAAAAUAGGUGCACGUAUAGUAAGGCUCACUGCGCAGAUCCGAAGAUAUCUGUGAAACAUUAUGGGGACUGUACUCCUGCUGACGGUACAACACCGACGCCAAUAAACGUUGAUGGCGUUGACGUCGUGUUUGACUUCUUUUGCACAAAUUUGAGCCACAUGAACUGUCCUGUUGGUGGUGAAAAAGUGUGUGCUGAUGAUGGAUAUACUUACGCCAAUUAUUGUGAGUAUGAGAAACAAAAAUGCACACAUCGUAGGUUGCAAGUUUUAGACUGUCCAGUGGCAGGAGCCACGCCCUAGUAAUUAUCACGUGGCACCGGAACAAAGUCACUUGUCAUGUAAUCGAUGUAUCUAAUAGAAUAAAUAUGUAAACAAUU